GAAAGGCCUCCCGGGCAACGCCCCUCAUGCUCCGGCGGGUGGUGCCCAGAGUGCCCGGCCGUGAUUGGCGCGGCCAGCCUUAUUCGCGGGCCGGCGGGGGAGAGGGGUGCGGACGCUGUCGAAGCUCCGACUGCGGGCGCUUCGGUCGUCUUUUCAAUUCGGAAACGAUAGGGGCAGCCACAUUGCAACUGCACCGAAGCCCACCAGGGCCCCGGUCUUGCUUAUGCAGUUGAAAGUUCCCGCAGGGUGCAUAUUGGUCUGCGCGAAGUGGUUUAUGGAUCAGAUCAGUUCGAUACUAUGCCGCUUGAGACGUUGGUCUUGCUGAUCCAAUUCGCAAGAAACCAAAGUCACGCGUUCGUUGAAAUAAAUCCAUUGUUCCUGAAUGCUCCCGGCCACUGCCGCGUGCUUGACUGUACGGACGCCCAUGACCGUCAGUCGAUUUCUCCGCGAUGCAAGCACUUGCUCGUGACGUCAAGAGCUCAACCUCUGCGCAGUUUCCGCAGCUGGUAGUUCUGUUAAGGCGGGAAUAUGUACCAGAAUCGCCCUCGCUAUUGUAUUCCCGCAUGUAUCAAAAUCAAUGAAUUCGAACUCAGCGAAGGAAGAAACCAAUGUAAGUUUCCAACGUCUGAUCGUCAGCAUACAGACCGAGCGUCACCAUACAGAAAUAAACCCUGCUGUACUCAACAACUCGAAAUUUAUCGUUGGAGUCGUUUUAUUUUUGUUGCAGGUAUUUGCCGAGAAACGAAAAACUGACCUGCAGGUUGGACCUCCGUCUUUUACUUUUUCACCAUCUCGAGCUGCGUGCAACGUGCUUCAUACAUUGCAUCAAAAUCAAAAUGUCUGCAGCGUCGCCGGAUAAAAACCCAAUCGAGCCUUCCACGGCUGAGAUUCGCAUCCGGAAUUUCACCGGCACGGAGCGGAC